GCUUGCUUUGCUUCACUUGUGAGUCAGGAUUAUGUGAAUGGCACAGAUCAGGAAGAAAUUAGAACUGGUGUUGAUCAAUGUAUCCAGAAAUUUCUGGAUGUUGCGAGACAAACUGAAUGUUUUUUCCUACAAAAAAGAUUACAUCUGUCUGUCCAGAAACCAGAGCUAGUUAUUAAAGAGGAUGUUUCAGAAUUGAAAAACGAAUUGCAGAGGAAAGAAGCACUAAUUCAGAAGCAUUUGGGUAAACUGCGUCACUGGCAGCAGGUUCUAGAAGACAUGAAUGUACAACACAAAAAACCUGCAGAAAUGCCUCAAGGACCAUUAGCUUAUCUAGAACAGGCUUCUGCAAAUAUUCCUGCACCCAUGAAGCAAACAUGAUUAAGAAAGAUGUUUGAAUUUAGAUCUUUGAGUAGUAUUUUAACUUAAAGUGAAAUGUAAUAUUGAUCUUUCUACCUUGUAUAAUAUGUGAUGUAAUUUGUAAUAUAAAAAUAGUGUUUUAUACUACGACAGUCAGACACAACUAAGCAUAAAAUAAAUGGGGAAGAAUCUGUAGUUUUUUAACUUUUAUCAAAGUAUGGAUUGUUUUUACAUUCAAACUGAACAAAUGCUCAUGUAUGUCUUGUAUUGUAGUCAGAAUACACUUGCCUAGAAUAUGCUAAAAACCCCUCCUAUUAUUUGGGAAACUGACAGAGCAGUCCUAAUGUAGCUAAAGUCCAGUUAAGGCACUAUAGAUAUAGAAGUACUUGCAGAGUUUAUUUGUUCAUCUCAAGUGAAGCCUUAUAUACUGUUUUCAUGGUGAGCGUUUCCUAUGAUUCUGGAGAAAUAGUGCAGACUUCUUAUUGCUGAGACUGAUUGGUCAAAUAAAUCAAAGCAAGGAUUUUCUGUUGAGCACUACUGCUAUCUAUGGCAUAGGCACUUGCCUUCGCUUGGGUGGGGAAUGUAUUUUAAAUGUGUUUAAAAAAUAUGUCUCUUUUCCUAGUGUAGACAUGGCCAGAAGGAGCUGAUGGGAUGUUGGUGCUAAUGGGAAAAUGCUCUGGCAUCUGAUGCUUUUAAAAACUUGUAGAAGAACUUCCUGUUGGAAAGGGAUGGAGAUAUGGUUAAUAUUUCCCAGUCAUCCUCAUCUAAGCAUAAUGCCUGGUAUUUUCUACCCUUCCCCUGGCUUGUUUCUACAAAUGUAUGGUGCCUUCUUUUCCUCCUGAAACUAUACCCACUCAGUUUAAAGGUUUGGCACCUUGGGAGAAUGUUGUUGGCUUUCCUCAUCAAAGCAGAUUUAGCUGAAGUAGCUAGAAAUUGAGUGUUCUCGGUUUCAGGCUGCUGCAGCUGACAUGAAAAGCCAGUGGAGAAGUACUGCCUGAUUAUAUACUAUUGGCUAAUUAGCUGAGACACUGUAAGUGAGGGAACCAGACAGCUUGUCUGCUCUGUGCUUGCCAUUAUGCUCUCAGAGCAUUGUUGCAGGAGAGAAUGUAAACUCAAACUCCCUUUAGAGAGUAGGUUUAAAUUAACUUCACUCUGCCAUAAGUGGGGAGAAGCUGCAACGCAGGAGAAACAACUCCAACUUCUGGAGCGAAAUGUUCUCUCAAAGCCUCUCUUCGAACCACUGACUUAAGGAAGCCAUCUGCUUUACUUGGACAGUACUUGAAGUUUCCCAUUUUCCUGUAGAGACUGCUACCUAUUUUCACACAAGGAAUGGGCAGGCUGCCAUAAAGUAAGUCAGUAACAAACUCCCAUUGAUUGCUGCAAGUACAGGACUGAGUUACAGGAUGGUUGCUUUUUAAAUUAACUCAAUCUAGUCUGUCUAGGCAUGUAUUUCACACUUAACUACUAUGUCCAUUUUUGUCUGUCCCUGUGAAAUGCGAGGGGGAACUCCCUGAGUGGAAAAAGGCUUUCAUCUACCUGAAAAUGACUGAAUGAUAAGAAUCUAAGUAACUAAUGUCUGUCCUUUGUGGGAUGUUGGAGUGGUUUUACUGCUAUUUUUCAUAAGGCUUCUAGUUGUUCAUUGGACUCGGAUUUUGAAAAUAUUUUUUUCACCUUAAAAAGCUCAUUUUGCUCUUACAUCUCUCACUACAUGCACUACUGCUCCAAUUUAUUAACUAGUAACUCUUUCAUUGCUGAUCAUUUUAGCAGAAUCAUCCUAAAAUAUUGAUUCUUCAGUCCCAAACCCUCCCCCCAGUUCCCACCUACUCAACUACCAGAUAUGUUGCUCUACUCAUAAUACUAGUAGCUGUAUUGUAAGUACAAAAAAAUAGUUGGCUUACUAAAACCCAAAAAUAUGGCCUUACAGGAUUGGGCAGCAGCAUAUGCUUCCAAGACUAUCGCUUUGGGAGAGACCUCUGCUGUCGGUUUUUAAAUGAGCAAGCUUUUGCCACAUGAUCUGGUAUUGCGAUCAUUUUUGUCACAGGUGGUCAAUCUACUCCUGGAUGCCAUACCAAAUGUCUCCCUUACUAGACAGAAAAAGCUUUUUGCACUGUUUAUAGAUUUUCUAAAGGGUUUCUUGUGGAAAAUUAAGCUGCCUAGAUAUUACAUGGAUGUUCGGGAGAGGGACUGGAGUUACAGACUUUCCAUGUGGUAGCUGUCUAAAAUUCACUCAAUGUUUCUGGCAGAUUUAUUUGCUACUGUUGCUCUCCCACUCUGCCAUGUUGACAGGCCUAGUCUACAUUUUCCUUUAGAAAAUCCUGAAGUUCGGCAGUUUCCCCCUCAGUAAAAUUGGGAUAAUGCUGACCACCUUUGUAAAGCGCUUUGAGCUCUACUGAAGGAAAGCGCCAUAUGAGCUAUAUAUUAACUUUAACAGAAUGUCAUCUUAUGAAAAAUGGUUGCUAUAGCUUCUGAAUAUUGGAUAUCCAGAAAUUUAAAAUAUUUGGUGAUAUUGGCACCACUAAUUACACACUAAACUAAGAAGGGAAAUAUUUAUAAAACUGGAGAGCAAUAGUCACUCUUUAAAUCAAGAAUAGAGAGCACCUUGGGAUUAUCUAUCUGCAAAGGCAACCUUGUAAAAAUGGGACCACUGUACCAGGAGGAAAAUAAUUGUAGGAUCUUGUAUUUAUACUGCUAAUUUGAUUAAACUAAUUGAAGUACAA